AGCACCGCCCCAUUGUAGCUCCAGUGUAAGUGACGCCAGCGGUGAGGACGGAGGUCGGUGUCCGGCUGUGGCUGCAGGAGGCAGUGAGGGCCCCUCCGGGAGAAGAUGGCUCCGGUGUCUCCACUGUUGGUUCUCUGGCUGCUCGCUUGCAGCUUUUCUCCUGUCGCCAGCUACCCAGAUGGGAGAGUCAGCGUAGCCUGCAGCUCCAUGAUGCCAAAGCACGGACAUCACCCUCAAUCCGAAGUCCUUCAUAACAUCACUGUGGAUAAGACUGUGUUCAAUCCGGGAGAUGAGAUCAAAGUGACUCUGUCUGGAUCGCGCUUUGCGGGAUUUUUCGUUCAGGCUCGAAAUGCAAAUAAUUUGGACGGCGAUGCAGUGGGCUCCUUCUCUUUAAUUGAUGAUCGAGUUUCACAGCUUCUGAAAUGUGGACGAAUCCAGGAUUCUGCAGUCAGCCAGACCAACAAGAGGAGAAAAGAGCAGGUGGACUUCUACUGGAUUGCACCCAGCGAUGGCCCCCAGCAUAUCCAGUUCCUGGCCACCGUCGUCGAGAAAUACUCCAUAUACUGGGUGAAGAUUCCAGGACCCAUUAUUUCUCAAUCCGGUGUUCCGCCCGUGUCAAGCAAACCACAGACCGCUGCGUUGCCAGCCGUGCCGCCAUCAUUACUUACAAAGCGGUUCAGCUCAUCUGGAUGCGGAAGCAGCAAAUUCUGUGUUAGAAGCCCCACAUCGUGCGAUCCUCGGCGGGAUCUCCGGUGCUUCUUCCUGUCCUUCAGAAGAGAAGGUGACUCCAUGUUGAUUGAAAUGAGCGGACCUGUAAAAGGAUACCUGGCAUUUGCCUUGUCGCAUGACCAGUGGAUGGGGGAUGAUGAUGUCUACCUGUGUCUUGUUGAUGGUCAGACUGUUUGGAUAAACCCGGCCUACAACAGAGGACGCUUCCACCCAGAUGUGGCAUUACCGGAUGUUCUAGGUGACACGGUAUGGAGGAUAGAAGAUGGGAUUCUUCAAUGUUCUUUCCGCAGAGACAUUCACAUCGCAGACUCUCCAGAGCGAUUUCCACUGGACGGCAGUUAUUAUAUAUUUCUAGCUGAUGGUGAUGUUGAGGAUGGACGCAUUCGCAGACAUCAACGACAGCCUCUCAUCACCAGCAAAGUGUAUAACAUCGCUGGAUCUACUGAAGACGUUGGUGGAUCACGCUCGCCUCUGCUCAUUAAGUUCCAUGGUGCUAUGAUGUUCAUCGCCUGGAUGACUACAGUCAGUAUCGGUGUACUCUUUGCCCGCUUCUUCAAACCUGUCUGGCCAACAUCUACUUUGUGUGGGGAGAAAAUUUGGUUCCAGAUGCAUCGUAUCCUCAUGGUCACCACAGUGUUACUGACAGCUGUAGCUUUUGUGCUGCCAUUUUUAUACCGUGGACACUGGAGCACUAGAGCUGGUUAUCAUCCAUAUUUAGGUUGUAUCGUUUUGGCCUUGACAGUUCUUCAGCUGAUACUUGCCGUUUGCAGACCUCCACCUUCCAGUCGCAGGAGGCCAUUAUUUAACUGGGCACACUGGGGGACUGGUUCAGUUGCCAGAACAGUGGCAGUGGUUGCGAUAUUCCUGGGCAUGGAUUUACAAGCUUUGGAUCUCCCUGACCCCUGGGAUUCCUACACGAUGGUUGGGUUUGUCCUGUGGCACGUGUGUAUAGACAUCUUGCUUGAGGUUCACGACUUCUGCCAGUUGAAAGGACGUGAAAAGCUACUUGAAGACAGAGUGGAGAUCUUAAACCCAUCCACAGCUAAAGAUGAAGGCCACACCUUCAAGAGGAUUGUGCUGACAAUAUACAUCUGCGGAAACUUUGCCUUUUUGAUAACAUUCUUGGCUGCAAUUAACCAACUUUGAAGGAAACUCUGGGAAAAAAUCCUUAUUGCUGCUAUUCCGGCCUGUUUUAUUAUGUAAAUCCGUCUUCUAUACUCAUUUAUCAUCCGAAGGUCCACAUACCUAGUGCUGCACCCACUGCGACAGGAUCAGAAAACAUUUACUUUUACAUUGACCUCUGCCCAAGCGCCUAAAUGAAGUCUGUGCUGCCAAACUGGUCCUGAAAAUUAUUAGUUUUUAUGCUUUUAUUUAUGCAGUUUGUUGCUUUUUUUUUUUUUAAGGGAAAUAUCAUCCUUGUGCCUCUGUAUCUGGGCUCGAGUUGGCCAUAUACCUUAGAUCACACCAGAUCAACCUGCGGCCCUCCAGCUGUUGCAAAACUACAACUCCCAGCAUGCCUGAGCAGCCUACAGCAGGGCAUUGUGGGAGUUGUAGUUUUGCAACAGCUGGAGGGCCGCAGUUGAGCAUGCCUGCCUUAGAUCAAUGCCAGCCAAGCCUGCUCAUGAUUGUGGGACCAAUCGACCAUUUAAUACAUUUGGGGACCUAGUUGGAUAUCAACAUGCCCAAUCCUUCUGUUCAUGGGUGACAAGCCACCGCCAGCAGUUUCUGGCAGCUUCUUUCUCCCUUCUUCCCAUUAGAACCCAUGCAAGCUUGGGCGCUUGUGCAGGCGUGUGUAUGGGGUGGAGCGGAGAGAGAGCUGUCGAGUGUAGGGCCAGCUUUAAAGGAACAUUCUAGGCAAACUUAUCCACUUAAAGGGGUUUUCCCAAAGUUUAAUAUGGAUGGCCUAUCCUCAGGAUUAGUUCAUCAAUAUGUGAUCGGUGAGGGCUCCCAGCACUGCAUCGGUUAGCUGCAUGAAGAGGCUGCAGUGCCAGUGAUGUCAUAUUCGUUGGUCACAUGACCUCUGGGCUGCAAUACCAAGUGCAUCCACUAUACAAUGUACGGCACUGUGACGAGGCCUUGGCGCUCACGGGAGUGCUGCGCCUCUUCACACUGCUGAUCGGCGGGGGUGCUGGGUGUCGGACCCCACCGAUCGGAUAUCGAUGACCUACCCUGAGGAUAGGUCAUAGAAAUUAAAGUCCCGCAAAACCCCUUUAAUCUUACAGAUUUAUGGCGCACAGGAUGCAUUCAGAUAAGAGGCAGACUUUCUUGUCUUAUCUCAGGGUAUAUAGGGGCCAUAUUGUGCCUUUAGUAUGGUCUCCCCGGGCUGUUUUUAAGAUCAUCUUCUUCUUUCUUCAUCCUUCCUUCAGGGUUCAAAAAUGGUGCAAAUUUUUUUAAAUUUUUCUAAUGAGACAUUUUAUAAGCAUAAGACUAGUCCGAGAAAUUUUUGCGGUGGAAAAAUGUUUUAUGCAUUCGAUGUACAUUAAAUCGUAGGCUGUAAGACGAGGCAAAUGUGUGAACAGGCGCGUCCACGUGUCCAAAUUUUAUAAUAUGUCUAGGCAGCUAUAUUCGUACGUGUUUUCGGCACAUGUACCGUGGUUGUAGUGAUGGAAAUGUCCGUCUGACACUUGUAGCAAUUGUUUAAACCAUUGAUGGGUUGUCGUUCGUAUUAGAAAUGACUCUGCAGUACUUAUGGGGUAUUCGCAUCGCUGACAAUGGGGGGCAUAUCGCUAGGAUAUGCCCCCGUUGUCUUAUAGGUGCAAGUCCCACCUCUGGGAAUGGAGCCCCGACGGUGGUGGCUGGUGGACACCAGUCCGGCCUCCACCAAGGGCUCUCCCCAUAGAAGUGAAUGGAAGUGCACCGCACAUGACCGGCCACCGCUUCCAUUCACUUCUAUAGGCUCGACAGAAAUAGCCGAGCCAGCGCUCUGCUAUUUUCUGCAGCCCCAUAGAAAAGGAAUGGAGGGUGGCUGCGCAUGCACAGUGUGCUCUCCACCACUUUCGGGGUUCUGUUCUCGAUAUUGGUGCGGAUCCCAGGGGGCAUAUGCUAGCGAUAUACCUCCAUUGUCUAUGGCCUAUCCUCAGGAUUAGUUCUGAGGAUAGAUGAGACCGCCCCUUUAAAGGGGCUCUCCGGGCUGUAGAUGACCUCUGGGUUGAUCAUGCAUCAAAAUGAUAGGAGUCCAAUCGGCCUUUUUGAGCUGCUGUGGAGGAGGUUCUUGUACAGUGUACGGAGCUGGAGGAAUAUAGUGCCGUACGCAGGGCAGUGGCCAUGCUGGGGUACUGCAGCUAAGCUCCCAUUCAAGUAAAUAGGAUCUGAGCUUCAGUAUUCUGGCAUCAGAAGCUACCGAGUAUGGAGCCUUCUGCUUCCACACUGUACACUAUUAGCUGCAGAAUCGGUGGGGACAUCGGGCACACAUUGAUCUGAUAUUGAUGACCGAUCUUUAAGAUAGAUAAUCUCCAGCCCGUAGAACCUCUUUAACGAGUCAUGUCUGUUUUAGUAAAUCACUAUUAUUCCCCAUAAAUUGACACUUCUUUUUCUCUUUGCGCCAGUUUUGCUACCUCUCCGUAGAUAUUUUCACAUGGUGCAGAUUUUCGUUGAUAAUUUGCAGCUUCAUUUUAAAGUCAAAAUAAGGAUUUGAUGCAAAAAACAAAAAAAAAUGAAAAAAAUCUGCCAUUAUACUUUCUGUGGUUAGGAUCCUCUCCUAGUUUUGGCUUAAAAAUCUAGAAGAAAAAUACUGGCCAAAUCUGCACUGUGUGAACGCGGCCGUACUGCUAGAAAGAAGUCAGCGGAUGCUUCCAUUUUUUUCAGAGUAAUUAAGAAAACUGUAACUUCAUCAGUAGAAACCCAGAAAAAAGAAAAACCACUGGAGCCUCUGCCUUUUAGGAAGUCACCAAAAUCACUUUCUCAUCUGAAGAUUGUCUAUGAAUGAAGAUUUUGCUAGAAAUGUAUUUAUUGUAUAAUAAAUAUUUUACUUUCUGUUUUAA